AAUGCCCCCCGGCUCCACUCCGGGAAAUUCCCCGGCAGCUCCCGGCAGGGAAUAAAAGCACGGUUGGGUAAAGGGGCCGCCCCGCCGGUUUCCGCAUCCCUCCGUCKCCAGCACCAGCUAUGAACCCGCACCUUCGCCUCCUCGUCCUGCUGGCCACCGCCGCUCUCUGCCAGGGUGCGCCGCUGGCCGGGGAGCUGCGCUGCCGCUGCGUGCGGACCGUGUCCGAGGUGAUCGCGCCGCGGCGCCUGGCCCGCCUGGAGUUCCUCGCUGAGGGGCCGCACUGCGCCGUGCCCGAGGUCAUAGCCACGACAAAGCAGGGACAGAUGGUCUGCCUGAACCCCAUCGCGCCCUGGGUCAAGCUCCUGGUCACCAGGAUACUCCGCAGGUACCUGCCGGGCCGGCUGCUGCCAGUGUGUGGGGUCAAACUUUGCCUUURGAGGGGCUUAAACCCAAGAAUAAUGAGCCACAUUCCACCAUUGAUUCCUGUAGGGAAAUCUGGCUAGUUACACUAAAAAUGUGCCCAGAAGCUGGCUUUGUCGCGAAGAGACAACCCAGCAGGUUGGCAAGUAARGUAUUACACAGCAAAUGCCUGAUUAAUUGCAAAUCUAGCCUCAUUAUGGUCCACCAUCACCAUCAGGCAUCUUUUCCACACCUCCUACGGGAUUUAUUAUCCUAGGGGACUUAUUAUCUUGGGUAUGGAAGAAAAUGUAAGGAAAUAUUUCCUGACUGACUUUACAAAUUGAAUUCUGCCUGUUGCAGUUCAUCUAACAAACUCUGAGGGAAGGAACAUCUCAGAACGCAGUUACCUGUGUUUGCCACAAGAUACCAGGAAACAGAUGCUAUGAGAAGAGAAGAGCUCAGCUCUCUAGUUUUGAUAAGUUUGUAGAUUGCAUGUUCUAUGUUUAAUCUCCCCUCCUCAUAUUUGUUAUUGCCUAAUUCUAUGUAUGGAUUUAUUGACUGAGAUAAAGGGAUUGAAUCCAUUUGAUAAAAGAGCAGAAGCUUUGCCAGACACCUCUCAGCAACGUUCUCAGAGUUUGUUCCACAUUUGUGCAAGCUCCUUCUUGCCAAAUACCAUUUACCAAUAAGUUAUUAUAAAACAGCAUUAAUAUCUGAAAAGGAGAUGGGCCCAUCGUGGAGAUGGUUUUGYAAAUGUCUGCAAAGAGUGUGAGGGGAGAGGUUUGAAUGGAUUGUGCAAAUAAUUGGGGGAAAUCCUUCUGUUAGGAACCACAGGAGUGCUGUUGGGUACUUAACAUAUCAGUGCCUGUCCAGGGUUAAAUGGGAAUAAAACCUGGUUCAAGCAAAAAUGUUUUGCUGAAUCUUUUUUCUCCACUCCAACUCACCAGCCUUUACUGCAAAAURCCUUGGAUCUUUUUUUCACAAGAUCCCAUGCAAUGAAAUCACAAAUUUUGCCCCUGAAGUCUUGCUUCUAUUCAAUACUUCGAUGGGUUUUAUGAUUUCUAUGAAAUUGUGGGGGUUUGUGCCAUGAUUGGUUUGGAUUUUAACCAGAYAAUGUUGGGAUUGGUUAGUUGGUUUGUUUUUAAAUGAGUUUACAUUUAAGUAUUUGGUAUUUAUGCUCAAGAUCUAAAGGAACAGUAAAUGUUCUGAAGAAACUUAGAUAUUUUAUGUCUACUUGUAUGACAUACUGUCAUAACUCAAAAAGAAUAAGUAAUUUUCAUUAUUCUGCUUUCAAAGGUUGUAUGUAAAGAGGUGGAUUUUUCAUGAUAAUGUAGUGAAAUAUAUGAUGCAAUUAAAAU